AUGUCAGAUUGGAAGGCCGCUGCGAAUGUGUUUGGCCGAGGAACGGCUGCCGGUGACGCCAUUUACCGGUGCUACGCCCGGCCAGUUAAGGAGAGUACCUUAGACCCGGUGCUGUUAGAACAUUUCAAGAAGUUGAGGCGACAAAGAGAGGAGGAAGAAGCCCAAAUGUAUCGUCCAAAACCCAUUCCAAAAUCCAAAGCCAUGAUCAACCGGCCUCGCCCGUGUGCUGGGCCAAGAUUGACAGCAGAGGAGAUUGCGAGACGGCGACUUGCAGCCAUACCGCGUAAGAAGCCAGAAAGUGUCAUUCAGCGGGAGUUGAGCAGCUUCGCGCCACUGCCAAUGCGGAAGUUUAACCGACCGCCUUUGAACGAUAAUGAGAAGGAACGGCUCGGACAAAUAUUUCAGUUUGGUGAGGUCCCCGGCAAACCAAAGGAGUUCACGGGGGUUAUCCGCUCCCGCUAUGCCGCGUUGGAUAAACGGUAUGGACUGAAGGAAAAAUUCGAGGCACUUGCGAAAAAGGUUUUGGAGCUGCGAGAAGAGCUUAACAAGAUGCAGGAGGAGCGCCUCUCUGCAUCACCCCAUCACGAUGUAGAGACGACAAAAGGAAGGGGACGGGGCGCUUUCAACCUCCUCAGGCGCAACCCGCUUAAAGUGGCGGGGCUGCAGUUACGUGAACAGGAUAUACAGAAUGAGAUCAGUAAUUGCCUGACCGAGAUGAAGACACUGGAUGCGGAGAUUCGCAGACUUAAUAUAAGGGAGUCGAAGGAUCACGGUGUGGAAAUCGGUGGGGACAGUGUUGAGGCCAUUCCAUAG